GUGCUGUCCGUAGGUCGUGUAGGACGUGGUGCUGGCCAGCAGGCGCUAUGAGCAUGUCAACGAUGUCAACCCAGCCCAGCAUGGACAUCACCUCGGUCACCUCGGUCACCGAGCUGCCCGAGGUGGCCAACGUGACGCAGCGCGUCAGCGAGGCCGACGCCACCCGCCAGUUGGAGGUGCUGUUCCAGUUCAUCGCGGAGGGCAUCAUACUCACCGUCGUGGGGCUGCUGGGCAUCCUCGGCAACAUCGUCUCCAUGAUCAUCCUGUCGCGGCCCCAAAUGCGCUCCAGCAUCAACUACAUCCUGAUCGGCCUGGCGAGAUGCGACACCGUGCUCAUCGUCACGUCCAUCCUGCUGUUCGGCCUCCCCGCCAUCCACGCCUACACCGGCUACCUCUACACGUACCAGUACUAUGUGUACCCGCACAUCGCCCCCGUGGUCUACCCCAUCUCCCUGAUCGCGCAGACCAUUUCCGUGUACCUCACCGUCACCGUCACCUUCGAGAGGUUCGUGGCGGUGUGCCACCCGCUCCAGGCGAGGUCCUACUGCACCUACGGCCGUGCGCGGAUCUACGUGCUGCUGACCAUCGUCUUCUCUGUGCUCUACAACGCUUCCCGGUUCUUCGAGGUGCACUGCUGCGAGAUGGCGUUGGACAAGAAGACCAAAAAGCAGGCGUACUUCGCGAGGCCCACGACGCUGCGCCAAAACUCACUGUACAUCAACUUGUACAUCAACGGCAUGUACCUGGUCUUCAUCUACAUGGUGCCCUUCACCAUGCUGGCCGUGCUCAACGCCGCCAUCUACCGCCAGAUCCGUCGGGCGAACGCGGAGCGCCAGCGGCUGUCCCGACUGCAGAAGAAGGAAAUCGGGCUCGCCACCAUGCUGCUGUGCGUCGUCAUGGUCUUCUUCAUGUGCAACAUCCUCGCUCUCGUGGCUAACGUCAUGGAGGCCUUCAACGGCGUGAUCCUGGACCCACUCAUCAAGACAUCCAACCUGCUGGUCACCAUUAACUCUUCGGUCAACUUCGUCAUCUACGUCAUCUACGGGGAGAAGUUCAAGCGUCUGUUCCUCAAGCUGUUCUGCCCGCAAGGAAAGCUGCUGUGCGGCAGCCCCGCCAACGGCAGGGACAGCCCCGAGUGCGACAGCGUGGUCUCCAACGGCGACGGCCGCUCCUACUCCGUGCGCUCCAACAUCCAGAUGCAGACCCUGAACCGCUGCAACACCGCCCUGGUCCGCAACGGCAGCCGCGGCGUCGCCGGGGGCUGCGGCGCCAAUGGUCCCACCCGAGCGGCCCCCGCCGGCUCCUGCGUCUACUACCCGCAGACUCCGGGCGGCAACAGCGAGGACAACCUGGCGACCGGCAUCGCCACCACCGUGCUGGACGAAUAGCAGGUGCCGCGCAACCCCAUGGGCCGCAAGCAGUACGGCAGCAGGCUCGACGCCAGCAGGCGGGCGCAGCAGUUCCUGUAGGAACACUGCCCAGCCAGCUGAUGCAGCUGAUGCCUGCCGCUGCUGCCGCCAGGCCCGGUGCCGUGGCCCGUGGCGUCGCGUGCCGGGGCUCUAGUCAUUCCCUUGGCGGG